AUGAGUCUUCAAAUGGACUGUCUUCAAUUCAGUACUUGCACAUUUAGCUCGGCUUGUGGAAUGGCGUCUCAUACUGUCGAAGUCAACGCAUCUCUCAAACACGAGGAGCCGGUUCCAUACCGGAUCCUUGGUUUUGAAGGGGAAGUUCUUCUUUCCCCUACUCCAUGCGAUGAUCCAGCAGAUCCCUUGAAUUGGCCUACUUGGAGGCGAUGGACUAUAUUAGGCUUCCUCAGUCUUUGGGCGGCUACUUGCUUGGCCACGCAAUCGUUCAUCUCCAACAUCUUGCCAAACAUUGAGGUUGAAUUUGCAUCUGCAUCAGCCAGCAACAUCAACCUCCUUGUCACAAUCAUCACCGCAGUAUGUGCGCCAUCAAGUCUGAUUUUCGUGCCGCUUGUCAUCACCUACGGGCGCCGUUUUGCGCUACUUGUCUCGAACACGAUUCUACUUGUGUCUGUUAUCUGGGCAGCCCUAGCAACGUCGUACUCAUCCUUUUUAGGGUCGCGCAUCCUCCAAGCUGUCGGAACUGCGCCUUCAGAUGCAAUUGUCUACAUUAUUGUCCAAGACAUCAGCUUCCUUCACGAAAGAGGGAAGUUGAUGGGAGUCGUCCUGAAUCAACCAGAGAGGCGAGGAGCAAUGUCUACCACGCAGCACAAAGCGAUGAAACAUUCUGCUGCAUACAUCUCAAACAAAAGCAACUUUAGCCUCGCUCGGCAGCUCAACAUCUGGCCAGGUUGUGCAUGUGGCCAAGAAGGUGACUUUUUCUUUAUCUACAAACGGAUGGGUAGGCUGAUACUUAACCCAACUAUCUGGUGGAAUGGCAUUCUGAAUGCCACUAUUACUGGUGGCAUGGUGGCGUACACGACCUAUUUUGCCAAUCUUCUCUUCGCCCCGCCAUGGUCUUGGCCCGGCGAGUAUAUUGGACUUAUCAAUUUGGCUGGCGUUCCUGUCUCCCUUGUUAACUGGCUGAUCUUCGGAUGGGGCAGCGACUGGAUCCUUGUCACAAUGGCUAAAAAAAACAAAGGCAUCAGUAUCCCCGAGCAUCGUCUUCUCGUGCUCGUGAUACCUGUUGCCAUCGCCUUCGCAUCCUAUAUUGGCUUUGGUGCACUAGCAGAACAGUAUUUAGACUCGCAACUUGGAGUCUGGCAACCUCAUUGGUUUGUAUUGAUCUUCCUCCAUUUCUGCAUAUUGGUGGCUUUUUCCGGGACUCUCGAGGUAACAUAUACGUACAUGAUCUCGACAACCGAUCCAACCGACUCGCUCGCUGCAUCGACUAUCGUGUCUAUCUUACGUGGGGACGUCAGUUUCGGGAUAUCGCAUGGUUCCACGGCUUUCAUUGCUCAGUGUGGGUACAUGACGGCCUUCUCUGUCUAUGGAACCUUGGUUGCCGUUUUUGGUUUUAUGGGUAUUCUGGUGUAUAAGUACGGGUCACACUUGAGACUGUACCUCCGUACAGAGAUAUAG